AUGGCAUUCGUCAAGAACCACGACUAUCCUGGAUACGCGUCCCUGGGAGAUGUAUUCAACAUCAGCUCUGCGGUUUCAUUUCACGGCAAAAAUGCACGCAUAGUCGCGACCUCGGGCCAGAUCGGCGAAGCCAGUGAUUAUUCGCCAUUCACGCCCAACGGCACAGACGGCCAGCAAUUCGGCGGCGGCCACUCACAACAGUUCGACAUCGCCAUGCAUAACAUCCAGAAGUCCCUGGCCGCAGCAUCACCCCAUCUCAGCGUGACCGAGCUAUGGGAAGGCGUGUAUAAUAUCACUUCUUUCCAUGUGGGAGUCCUGUCGCAGGACGAGCAACUCGAAAUCGCGGCAGUGGCACGGAAAUACCUGGGCAAGAACAAGCCGGCGUGGGCAGCAAUCUGUGUGGCAGCUUUGUUCCCGCCAAAGUGCUUAGUGGAGAUCCAGGUUCAAGCGGCGUAUGAAAACUAG